GGUUGUGGGAAUGUUGGUGGGUCUCUGGGUCCAGGAGUAGACAGGACCAGAGGCAGAAUGGGCAGAGCCACAGGAGGCAGGGGCUUGUUCUCAGGAGUUUCACAAGGCACAAAAAUUCCAGAUCGUGUUUCUCCCUCAGCCCCUUCAGGAUAUCCUGUUAUUCAGCCAGGGCAUAUAUGUACGGUCGAGGUGGCCAGUGUCACUGCAACCCCUGGAUUUGCCGUCUUUCCUGUAUAGAGGCGGGUCCCACAGAUCAUCUGGUUCGGUCCAGGCAAAGGAGAGGGAAGAAUUUUAAAACAGACACUGAAAUGAGAAAGAAUUCACUGGGAAUUCAUCAGACAAAGUUAAAAUAGGACAAUAGUUCUGACAGGUGCCUGGCACGGAGAAGGAGCAAAUAUUUUCUCGCUAUGCUACAAAAUUUAAUACUUCUGUUUCUCGGAUUGGUUGUACAAAAUUUCUGCUCUCCACCGAAAACAACAGAGCAGAUGAACAGAUGUGAUAAGAAGUCUCUGCUCAUCAUUAGGACUGAGUGCCAAUCUUGCUCACUCAACUCAAGAAUGAAGUGCCCUGAUGGUUACACCAAGGUUACCAAUGGCUCCAUAGGGGUUCGAGAUUGCAGGUACUCCUUUGAGAUCAGGUCAUACUCUCUGUCUAUCCCUGGGUGCCGCCACAUCUGCAGGAAGGACUACCUCCAGCCUCAGUGCUGCCCAGGCCACUGGGGCCCAGACUGCCUGGAGUGCCCGGGAGGCCCGCAGUCCCCCUGCAGCGGCAGGGGCCGCUGUGCCGAAGGCAUGGAAGGGAACGGAAGCUGCUCAUGCCAAGAAGGGUUUGGCGGAACAGCCUGUGAAACCUGUGCGGAUGACAACUUAUUUGGACCCAGCUGUGCAGAAGUGUGCAGCUGUGUGCAUGGAGUGUGCAACAGUGGAAUCGACGGCAAUGGAACCUGCGAGUGCUACUCUGCAUACACCGGCCCCAACUGUGACAAGCCCGUUCCGGAAUGUGCAGCCUUGCUCUGCCCUGAAAAUUCCAGAUGCUCACUUUCCAGCGAAGAUGAAAGGAGACUAGAAUGCAAAUGCCUCCCCAGUUACAAAGGCGACGGCAAACACUGCGAGCCCAUCAAUCCAUGUUUACAAAAUGUCUGCCACCGUCACGCUCAUUGCACAUACCUGGGACCAAAUCGGCACCGCUGCACAUGCCAAGAAGGCUACCACGGGGAUGGCCAAGUGUGCUUACCAGUUGACCCCUGCCAAACUAACUUUGGAAACUGCCCUACAAAGUCCACGGUGUGCAAAUAUGAUGGACCUGGACAGUCUCACUGUGAGUGUAAAGAACAUUACCACAACUUUGUACCUGGCCUGGGGUGCAGUAUGACCGACAUCUGUGCAUCUAAUAACUCCUGUCACAGGAAAGCAAACUGCUCCACCGUCGCACCAGGUCAAACCAAAUGCACUUGCCAAAAAGGUUAUGUGGGUGAUGGCUCAACGUGUUACGGAAACAUCAUGGAGAGACUCAGAGAAUUAAACACUGAACCCGGAGGAAAAUGGCAAGGAAGUCUGACUUCUUUCAUCUCUCUCCUGGGCAAAGCCUACGCCUGGCCACUCAGUAACCUGGGACCCUUCACUGUGCUGCUGACCACAGACAAGGGGCUGAAAGGACUCAAUGUAAAGGGGCUUUUGAUGGAUAAUAAGGCUACUCAGUACUUCGUGAAACUUCACAUAAUUGCUGGGCAGAUGAGCACCGAGAGUAUGAAUAACACAGACACAUUCUACACCUUGACGGGAAGGUCAGGGGAAAUCUUCAGUGGUGAUAAGGAUAAUCAACUAAAGCUUAAACUCUAUGGAGGUAAAAAGAAGGUAAAAAUUAUAGAGGGGAACAUAAUUGCUUCCAACGGGCUCCUACACAUUCUUGACAGAGCCAUGGACAAGAUGGCACCCACAUUUAAGAGCAACACGGAGCAAACCAUAAUGACAAUGUUACAACCAAGAUACAACAAGUUCAGAGCUUUGUUAGAGAAAACCAACAUGGGGCGUGCCUAUGAUGGGGAUGGAGCUGGUGAACCAUACACCAUUUUUGUUCCAAGUAAUGAAGCAUUGAAUAACAUGGAGGAUGGCGCUCUUGAUUACCUCCUCUCUCCAGAGGGAUCUCAGAAGCUUCUGGAACUCAUCAGACACCACAUUGUCCCCUUUACCCAGCUUGAAGUGGCCACCCUCGUUUCGACCUUUCACAUACGGAGCAUGGCCAACCAGAUCAUACAAUUUAACAUAACCAAUAAUGGGCAGAUUCUGGCAAAUGACGUGGCAAUGGAAGAACUUGAGGUCACUGCCAAAAAUGGCCAAAUUUACACGCUGACUGGAGUUCUGAUUCCUCCCUCCAUCAUCCCAAUUCUGCCCCACAGAUGCGAUGAAGCAAAGAGAGAACUGAAACUGGGCACUUGUGUUAGCUGUUCCCUGAUACAUUGGAGCAAAUGUCCUGCCAACUCUGAGCCCACAGCACUCUUCACACACAACUGUGUCUAUGCUGGCAGAACAAGGACCCUGAAGAGUGGCUGUGCCCGGUACUGCAACGCCACUGUGCAGACACCACAGUGCUGCAAAGGCUUCUACGGGCCGGGCUGCAACCAGUGUCCAGGAGGCUUCACCAGGCCGUGCUCCGGAAACGGACAGUGCGCAGACGGCCUUGGUGGCAAUGGAACAUGCAUCUGCCAGGAUGGCUUCCAGGGUUCCCAGUGUCAGUUCUGCUCGGACCCCAACAAAUAUGGACCUCGAUGUGACAAAAAAUGUCUGUGCAUUCACGGGACCUGUGAUAACCGGGUAGACAGCGACGGGGCCUGCCUCGCUGGCACAUGCAAAGAAGGCUCCGCGGGGACAUUCUGCCACAAGCAGACCUCAGCCUGUGGGCCCUACAUGCAGUUCUGUCACAUCCACGCCACCUGCGAAUACAGCAAUGGCAUGGCAAGCUGUGUUUGCAAACCAGGAUAUGAAGGGGACGGAAGCCUCUGUUCAGAGAUGGACCCUUGCAUGGGAUUAACCCCAGGGGGCUGCAGCCACAAUGCAGAAUGCAUCAGAACCGGUGUGGGGACCCACACCUGCGUGUGCCAGCAGGGAUGGACCGGGGACGGACGAGAUUGCUCAGAGAUCAACAACUGCCAGCUGCCCAGCACUGGCGGCUGCCAUGACAACGCAACCUGUCUGUACCUGGGCCCCGGUCAGAAUGAGUGUGAGUGCAAGAAAGGAUUCCGAGGCAAUGGAAUCGAGUGUGAACCGAUAACUUCAUGCUUGGAACAAACUGGGCAAUGUCAUCCCCUGGCAACCUGUCAGGUUAUUUCUGGCAUCUGGAGCUGUGUUUGUCGAGAGGGCUAUGAAGGAGAUGGCUUUCUGUGCUAUGGAAAUGCAGCAAUGGAAUUGUCAUUUCUCUCUGCGGCAGCUAUAUUUAACCAGUGGAUAAAUAACGCUUCUCUACAUCCCAUGCUGGCAGCUGCCUCCAACCUCACUGUCCUUGUGCCUUCCCAACAAGCUAUUGAGGACAUGGACCAAGAUGAGAAAGACUUUUGGUUGUCCAAGAGCAAUAUGCCCGCCCUGAUAAAAAACCACAUGCUGCAGGGCACAUACGGAGCGGCGGACCUGCAGGCUCUGUCAUCUUCAGACACGCUGGCAACGUCGCUGCAGGGCAACUUCCUUCACCUGGCGAAGGCAGAUGGGAACAUCACAAUUGAAGGGGCAUCUAUCCUUGACAGUGACAAUGCAGCCACAAAUGGGGUGAUACACAUCAUCAACAAGGUUCUGGUUCCCCAAAGAGGUCUAAGUGACUCCUUACCAAACCUGCUCACCCGGCUGGACCAGAUGCCUGACUACUCCAUCUUCCGGGGCUACAUCAUUCAUUACAAUCUGGUGAACACAAUAGAGGCUUCUGAUGCUUACACAGUGUUUGCACCCAACAAUGAUGCCAUUGAGAAUUACAUUCGGGAAAAGAAGGUCACAAGUCUAGAGGAAGACAUACUCAGGUAUCACGUGGUCUUGGAGGAGAAACUCCUGAAGAAUGACCUGCACAACGGCAUGCACCGGGAGACCAUGCUGGGCUUCUCCUACCUCCUUGGCUUCUUUGUCCACAAUGACCAGCUCUACGUAAAUGAAGCUCCAAUUAACUACACCAAUGUAGCCACUGACAAGGGAGUGAUCCAUGGCUUGGGGAAAGUUCUGGAAAUUCAGAAGAAUAGAUGUGAUAUGAACUACACUGCUAUUAUACGAGGAAGGUGUGGGAAGUGUCCCCAGCAACCAGUCUGCCCGUUUGGAGGUAAACCACUGACUGACGAGUCGAAGAGAUGUAUCUAUACCAUUUAUUUCAUGGGCAAACGAUCCGUGUUCAUUGGAUGCCAAUCAGUCUGUGUGAAAACUACCAUUAGACGAGAAUGCUGUGCGGGCUUCUUUGGCCCCCAGUGCCAGCCCUGCCCCAGGCAAGCUGACAACGUCUGCUUUGGAAAUGGCAUCUGCUUGGACGGAGUGAACGGCACCGGUGUGUGUGAGUGUGGAGAGGGCUUCAAUGGGACAGCCUGCGAGACCUGCACGGAGGGCAAGUACGGCAUCCACUGUGACCAAGUGUGCACUUGUGUCCAUGGGAGAUGCAACCAAGGACCCUCUGGUGACGGCUCCUGUGAAUGUGACGCUGGCUGGCGAGGAGUGAAAUGUGACAGCGCAAUCACAAAAGACAACUGCAAUGGGACAUGCCACACCAGCGCCAACUGCCUUCUCAAUCCAGAUGGCACAGCCUUGUGCAAAUGUGCGGCGGGAUUCCAAGGGAAUGGGACAGUCUGCACAGCAAUCGAUGCCUGUGCGGUCCGCAAUGGGGGCUGCUCUGCCAAGGCUACCUGUAAGAGAACCGCCCCAGGAAGCCGGGUGUGCGUGUGCAAGGCAGGCUAUGCUGGCGACGGCAUCGUAUGCAUAGAGAUCAACCCGUGUUUGGAGAACAAUGGUGGCUGUCACAGGCACGCUGAGUGCACACAGACAGGACCCAACCAGGCCGUCUGCAACUGUCUACCGAGAUACACAGGAGACGGGAAGGUCUGCUCGCUCAUCAACAUCUGCUUAACCAAAAACGGUGGCUGUAGUGAAUUUGCUAUCUGCAACCACACCGGGGAGGAUGAAAGGACCUGUACUUGCAAGCCGAACUACGUUGGAGACGGGUUCACCUGCCGUGGCAACAUCCAUCAGGAGCUUCCCAAGAACCCGAAAACUUCCCAGUAUUUCUUCCAGCUGCUGGAGCAUUCCGUACGAGACCUGGCUGGUCCGGGCCCCUUCACCGUUUUUGCGCCUUCAUCUACAGCCUUUGAUGAGGACCUGCGGAUUAAAGACUGGGACAAACAGGGCCUAAUGCCCCAGGUUCUCCGGUACCAUGUGGUCGCCUGCCACCAACUGCUCCUGGAAAACCUGAAACUGAUCCCAAACGCAACUUCUCUCCAAGGGGAAUCAAUUGCCAUCUCUGUCUCUCAGGACACUGUGCAUAUAAAUAAUAAAGCUAAAAUCAUAUCCAGUGAUCUCAUCAGCACCAAUGGAGUCAUCCACAUCAUAGACAAGUUGCUGUCUCCCCAAAACUUGCUCAUCACCCCUAGAGACGCUGCUGGAAGGAUUCUGCAAAACCUUACAACAGUGGCAGAGAACCAUGGCUACAUCAAAUUUAGCAACUUAUUACAGGAUGCUGGCUUGCUAAGCAUCAUCACUGACCCUAUCCACACUCCGAUCACUCUCUUCUGGCCCACGGACCAAGCCCUCCAAGCCCUGUCCCCUGAGCAACAAGAUUUCCUGUUCAACCAAGACAACAAGGACAAGCUGAAGGAAUAUCUAAAGUUCCAUGUGAUCCGAGAUGCCAAGGUUUUAGCGGUGGACCUGCCCAGAUAUGGCUUCCUGAAGACCCUGCAAGGCUCAGAGCUGAGUGUGCGGUGCGGAGCUGACAGUGACAUCGGUGAGCUCUUCCUGAAUGGCCAAACGUGCAGAAUUAUACAACGGGAGCUCUUAUUUGACCUGGGUGUGGCCUAUGGCAUUGACUGUCUGCUGAUUAACCCCACCCUAGGGGGACGCUGUGACAUUUUUACUACGUUCAACAUCUCGGGGGAUUGUGGGAGCUGUUCCUAUACUCCCAGAUGCCCCAGGUGGACGAAACCAAAGGGCGUGAAGCAGAGGUGUCUAUACAACCUGUCCUUCAAGAGCAAUGUGGAAGGCUGCCGGCAGCAGUGUGCCCUGGUGAUCCAGCUGUCCAGGUGCUGCAAGGGCUACUUCGGGAGAGACUGCCAGGCCUGCCCUGGAGGACCGGAGACCCCGUGUAAUAACCGGGGUGUCUGCCUUGAUCACUACUCAGCCACGGGAGAGUGUAAAUGCAACACCGGCUUCAACGGGACCGCGUGUGAGCUGUGCUGGCCAGGGAGAUUCGGGCCCGACUGUCAGCCCUGUGGCUGCUCGGACCAUGGCCAGUGUGAUGAGGGGAUCACGGGCUCUGGGCAGUGCCUCUGUGAAGCAGGGUGGACCGGCCGCUUCUGUGACACACAGACAGUUUUGCCCCCCGUGUGCACACCUCCUUGUUCUGCUUAUGCUACCUGUAAGGAGAACAACACGUGCGAGUGCAACCUGAACUACGAAGGUGACGGAGUGACGUGCACAGUUGUUGAUUUCUGCAAACAGAACAAUGGAGGGUGUGCAAAGGUCGCCAAGUGCUCCCAGAAGGGCACAAAGGUCUCUUGCAGCUGCCCAAAGGGCUACAAGGGGGAUGGCUACAGCUGCUCAGAGAUAGACCCCUGUGCAGAUGGCCUCAAUGGUGGAUGUCAUGAGCAUGCCAUCUGCAAGAUGACCGGCCCGAGCAAGAAGAAGUGUGAAUGCAAGAGCCAUUACAUAGGAGACGGGGUGAGCUGCGAGCCAGAGCAGCUGCCCGUGGACCGCUGCCUACAGGACAACGGGCAGUGCCACGCGGACGCCAGCUGUGCCGACCUCCACUUCCAGGAUACCACUGUUGGAGUGUUCCAUCUGCGCUCCCCACUGGGCCGGUAUAAGCUGACCUUUGACAAAGCCAAAGAGGCCUGUGCCAACGAAGCUGCAACCUUGGCAACCUACAACCAGCUCUCCUACGCUCAGAAGGCCAGGUACCACCUCUGUUCGGCAGGCUGGAUUGAGAGUGGGCGGGUUGCCUACCCCGUAGCCUAUGCCUCCCAGAACUGUGGCUCUGGCAUCGUUGGGAUAGUCGACUAUGGACUGAGAAACCAGAGUGAGAUGUGGGACGUCUUCUGCUACCGGAUGAAAGACGUGAACUGCACCUGCAAGAAGGGCUACGUGGGAGAUGGCUUCUCAUGCAGCGGGAAUCUGUUGCAGGUCCUGAUGUCCUUCCCCUCGCUCACAAACUUCCUGACGGAAACGCUGGCCUACUCCAACAGCUCGGCCAGGGGCCGGACGUUUCUGAACCUCCUGACUGACCUGUCAGUCCGCGGCACACUCUUCGUGCCCCAAAACAGCGAGCCGGGAGAAAAUAAGAAGCUGUCUGGGCGGGACAUCGAGCACCACUUCACCAACGUCAACAUCUUCUUUUACAAUGACCUCGUCAACGGCACCAUGCUGCGAACCAGGCUGGGAGGCCAGCUGCUCAUCACCUCCAGCCAGAACCAGAGCCAACUGGAGACCAGGUUUGUUGAUGGAAGAACCAUUCUGCAGUGGGACAUCUUUGCUUCCAAUGGGAUCAUCCAUGUCAUUUCCAGGCCUUUAAAAGCACCGCCUGUCCCACUGACUGCAGCCCACACUGGCUGGGGAAUGGGGAUAUUCUUCUCCAUCCUGCUGGUCAUCGGAGUCAUCGCUUUGGGUGCAUAUUCUUACUUCCGACUGAACCGGAGAACAGUUGGCUUCCAGCGCUUUGAGUCGGAAGAGGAUAUUGAUGUCACAGCUCUCGGCAAGCAGCCGCCUGAGAAUAUCUCAAACCCCCUGUAUGAGAGCACCACCCCGGCGCCCCCAGAACCUUCCUACGACCCCUUCGUGGACUCCUCGGAAGACCAGCAGCUGGAGGGCAGUGACCCGCUGGGGGCACUGUGACGGCCCAGCCCUGCUGCAGCCAGCCUUGCUCCGGCCACCUGGGCUACAGCAGCCUCCUCACAGGGGCUGUCAACUGUGAAUCCUCAGCCCCCAUUGCCUCUGGGGACCAGCAGGUCCAUUAGCAUUUUAAAGUAUAUGAAGCACCCAAGCUGUACCUCAUCUCUCCGCUCCAAUCUGGGGGACUAUUUUGUUUCUGUGGGCGAGGGACCCUGUGAAAUCCACCCACCAACUCAGGGGACUGCUCCCUCCUCCGACCUUCCGCUGUCCUUCCUGUGUGAGCUUGGAUGCUCUUACUCCCUUCUCCCUGACUCGAUAGUAACUGUACCUCGUCUUCCUUUCCUGUUAGAGUGUAAGCUCCCAAAGGCAGGCACCUGCCUCCUUCAUCUUGUAUCUCAGCCCUUAGCACAGUGUCUGGCACAUGCAACGUGUUCAAUAAAUGUUUAUGGAACAGAAACAAAGUCCGUGGAACAAAUCUAGUGUUUUGGGAAACAAAUAAAAAUGCUCUUUGCCACUGCAGGGGUCAAGCUUCAAAGAUAAAAUCCACUUGCUGGACCCAACUCGGGUCUUUUCAGCUGCUGACCUCUGCCCAUUAAGACUUUGUUCUUAAUUCUGUUUUGCCUGUGUGUGUUAAAAAGACACAAUAAACCGCAGU